GCGCGCAUGAGUUGCGCACAUGUGCCUACAAGAAGAUGGCGGACGAAGACGAGCUCCCAAGUAAACGCUUGAAAUUGUCCGAAAAUUCCUCUCUAGWUGAUCCAMAUUUUGCCAAAAACCCACCCCAAGAUAAUGCUCAAGCCGAAGACUCGACGAAACGGCAAAUAUAUGAAGAAAACAACGAAGUGUUAUCACGCAAACAAGUCAAAGCUGAGGAAAAACCCGAGAAAAUCUUCCCAAUUUAUACCAAAGGAGAASAUGUAGCAAUUACAGAAUACAUAGGCAAGCAUAGAGGGUUUCAUGGUGUCUUAAAACAGAGGUUUGUAGACUUUAUWGUCAACGAACGURACGCWGAAGGUAACUUAGUUCAACUAACACACACUAAUGUCCCUCCUUUGGAAGAGGAUCCUGAGAGCGACAAUGUUUUGACCACUGAAGAGAUUGAAAGGAUACAGUCCGUCUCUGAUAGCAAAGAAAAAUCUUUCUUUGUGACAUUAAAUGCGGAUGAUGAUAAAGAGCAUAGGACUUUGGUUCAUAAAUCCAUAAAAAAGAUAUUUCCACAUCUAGAUACUGAAACUGUAACAGUUGAUGGUCACAAGGCUGUCAAAGUCUACCGCUACCACGGUAACCCAUCAAAGAGGCGAACUGAUAAAUGGCCGGCAAACCGUGGCAACUUCUGCAAGUUUGUCCUUCACAAAGAAAACAAGGACACUAUGGAAGCAAUUUGUCUUCUGGCAAAGCUUGUGCAUGCUAAGUCCAGUGCAUUCAGCUAUGCUGGUACUAAAGAUCGUCGAGGAGUAACAUCUCAAGAGGUUAGAGCCUACCGAGUCCAGGCUCAAAGGCUUAAAGGCCUGAACAAAACUCUCAAGGGAAUACAACUGGGCAACUUUGAGUAUGUGCAAGAUGGCUUGACAUUAGGGCAGCUAUCAGGCAACCAUUUCAUCAUUACUCUACGAGACAUCCAAGGGGAACGUGAUGAUAUUGAACAAGCUAUGAAGUCGUUGAGGGAUGUGGGUUUUAUUAAUUAUUAUGGGCUGCAGAGGUUUGGCACUUCAGCAGUACCUACACAUCAUAUAGGUAAGGCUUUACUCCUAAGUAAGUGGUCAGAAGCAGUCCAUGCUAUUUUGAGUCCAAAAGCAGGCAAAGAGCAUGAGUUUAAUGAUGCCUUGAAGUUAUGGAGGGAGACUGGUGAUGCAGCUAAAGCCCUUCAGAUCUUAUCAAGACAUAAAUGUAUUGAGAACACUUUAUUGCAGGGUUUGGUGAAACAUGGUAGUAAAGACCUUGUCAAUGCGUUACAGUGGAUACCAAGGAAUACUCGUUUAAUGUAUAUCCACGCAUAUCAGAGUUUUAUUUGGAAUUCUGCUGUCUCAUGGCGUAUUAAGAAAUAUGGUCUUACUCCUGUAGAAGGCGACCUCGUUUUGACAGACGAACUACCUUUCAGUUCUGAUGGCAGUGUUAGAGAGGAAUCAGAAGAUGCUUCCUGCCAAAUGCGAGACAAGGACGCAUUAUCUGCCCCACGCUCUGUCCCCGUGCGUAUGUUAACAGCAGAAGACGUCAAAUCAGGGGGGUUCACUAUUCAUGACAUCGUCAUGCCACUACCCGGUUAUGAUGUAACGUACCCUGGUUAUAAUUCCAAGCAGUUCUAUAAGGAACUGAUGGAUAAAGAUGGCAUYGAUAUUGAUAAUCUCCGGCAUCGUGUCAAGGACUACUCCCUAUCUGGGGCUUACAGGAAACUGGUUAUAAAACCCGCUCAUACUUGCUGGUGUUACCAUCGUUACAAUGACGUCAAUGAACCGUUAGUGCUCACUGAUAAAGAUAAACUAGAUGGCAAAACAACCUUAGUGGUCCCCCCUGGGGAAAAAUAUUUAGCGUUACAAAUUGAACUGACACUACCCCCCUCGUGUUACGCCACAAUGGCAAUAAGGGAAGURAUGAAGUGCGAGACGGCAUCUUCUCAUCAAGCUACUUUAAAUAAAGCUUAAUUUUACAUUAAAAA